GUUAUAACAAAUUGGCGACGGGUUUACUUUAAUUCAUUGCAGUUAUAACAAGCAAGCGACGACGAGUUUUAUUCUGUUCAGCGCAUCUAUAGAACAUUUUUGACUGUGUUAAUUACAACCCAAUUACAAUGUCUAUCUCUCUGGACGAUCUCAAAUCCAUCUUGCAGCAGCAGCAACUUCAGAAUGAAGCAGCUCAACUAAAAUUAAUCGAAGCUCUCACUCAGAAGCUGUCAAUUCAAGUUCCAUCAACAUCUCAUUCAGACAAAUACGAAAGCAUCUCAAAUUCCAUCAGUGAAUUCAACUACGACCCAAUAUCUGGUCUCGUAUUUGAUGCAUGGUUCAAUCGUUAUGAAGACGUUUUUCGUAUUGAAUGCCACAUGUUUGAUGAUGCUGCCAAAGUCCGAUUGUUACUAAGAAAACUUGGAACUGUUGAGCACAACAGAUAUGUUAACUUCAUUCUGCCUAAGAACCCACGUGAAUUAUCAUUCGAUGAGACAGUCACCGUUUUAUCACAAAUCUUUGGUGAACAGUCAUCCAUGUUUAAUAUUCGGUAUCAAUGUUUUCAGUUGACAAAAAUGCCUUCCGAUGAUUAUGUCACUUACGCUGGCAAAGUGAACAAAGAAUGCGAAAGGUUCAAACCACAUGAAAUGACAUCAGAUCAGUUCAAGUGUUUGAUUUUUAUUUGUGGGUUGAAGAACCCAGAAGAUACUGACAUAAGAACUCGACUUCUGUCACUCGUGGAACAAGACCCAAAAAUGACUUUACAAAUGGUGACAGCAGAAUGCCAACGCUUAAUCAACUUGAAGCACGAUACUGCUAUGGUGGAGUGCAAACGACAGUCGUCUGAAUUUGGUUCAAUUAACACAGUGAAAAGUCCUCCGAUCACCGUUAAGCACACAGCACGUCAGUCUCAGAAUUCAGCUAAACCUCCUUCAGUGUGCUGGCACUGUGGUUCGUGGCAUUUUGUCAAGUUCUGUCCUUUCAAGAAACAUAAAUGCCGUAAUUGUCACCGUUUUGGACAUAAAGAGGGUUACUGUCCACCACAGAAAAAUUCUUCGGUGAAGAACAGAAGUAGUCGUUUCAAGCCGAAACAAUCUCCUCGAAUACAGACCAUUUUCACAACUUCCAAAGUCGAUUUCGCCAGCAAACGUAAGUACAUUACACUACGUAUUAACGGCAAAUCUAUUCGUCUUCAGUUGGAUACGGCAUCAGAUAUCACCUUAAUUUCCCGAACUACGUGGCGCAAACUUGGGUGCCCACAGAUUCUGCCGACCGAGCAUGUCGCUAAGAAUGCCUCUGGAGAUAUACUGAAACUCGUGGGUGAGAUAAAUUGCCAGGUUCAGUUUGGUGAGAAUCAGUUCAAUGGUGUAUGUUACGUCACAAACUACCAUGAUUUGAAUUUGCUUGGUCUUGACUGGUUAGACAAGCUCCAUAUCUUCAAUGUACCAUUAAAUUCAGUAUGCUCUAAUGUUUCGUCCUCACCAAAUAAUGUUGUUCCCGGACAUGUAUCUGAUCAGUCUCUCUUACAACGCCUGCGUCAAAAGCACGCUUCUGUUUUCCAGGACAAACUUGGUUGCUGCAAAUUUACCCAAGUUGCUUAUGCAAAACCGAAGGGGGAGGGAACAACAGAAGAAAUUUUGGAUAGAUUCUUGCUGCAUUAUCGUACGACGCCAAAUCCUUCCGCAGCCGGAAGCCCGGGACGCAGAUCACACUCUAUCCAGUACCACGCGAAGGUCAACUCGACAAAGAAGAGCUCCAAAACCUUUUCAAAUAGAUCCAAAAAGCAAGUCCUACACUUUUAACGGGGGGAGGUGAUAGGAUCCCACACACUUUGUUAUUGUUCAAUUAUCUUAAUGACUGUUAAUCUCGCAUAUGUGUUAUAUUAUCAUUUCCCAGGCACUUUGUUAUUGUUCAAUUAUC